CCGCCAGCCCCGUGUCCCGAACUGCGGCCAGUGGAUGUGGUUUCAGCCCCGGUUGUCCGCGAUGGAAAGCAGCGCGCAAGAGGCGGUGGGAGGAAAGUUUCACGCACUUUGCAGCAAGUGAUCCAUGUUUGUGCUGCACCUCUUCCUUUUCGAAAAACGCAGCAAGCGGGGAUAUUUCUCAGCACAGCCCCGUUGCGAAGGGGAACUGGAGGAUUGUGUGGUAGUCGGAAUGAUUUUGCGUAUAAGUGGAAGGGACAGUCAGUGAUACCACGGUCUGAGUUUCUUUCUUACUGCACUUGUGUUCUAGGGCUUCAUCUUUUCACAUCUAUAUGGAGGGAUCUCAGGAUGGCUUGCACCAGGAAAACCAAAACUUUGGUAUCUACUUGUGUUAUCUUGAGCGGCAUGACCAACAUCGUGUGUCUGCUGUAUGUCGGAUGGGUCACUAAUUACAUUGCGAAUGUCUAUAUCAAAGUUCAAGAGCCCGUCCCGGAGAAAAAGUUGGAGGACGACAAUAAAGGGGAAACUUUGAGGAUUAUAGAAAGACUUGAUCGACUGGAGAAUGUAGUCAACCAACACAUACAAGAAGCACCACCGAAGGAGGAUGAGAAUGGAGCUGUGGAGUCCUUUUCUGAUUCCUCCUUGUUUGCACACUGGGGUCAGGACCUUAGCCCUGAGAAUCGGAGGAUUGCACUGAAGAAAUUCCAGUACUACGGAUAUAAUGCAUACCUUAGCGAUCGACUUUCUCUAGACAGACAGAUACCUGACCUCAGACCUGAAGGGUGCAAAAACAUUUCAUAUCCCACAAAUCUCCCACAGGUCAGUAUCGUGUUUAUUUUUGUAAAUGAAGCCCUGUCUGUCAUCCUGCGAUCCAUUCAAUCUGCCAUUCAAAGAACUCCCACUCACCUACUGAAAGAGAUUGUUCUGGUGGAUGACAACAGUAGUAAUGAGGAGCUGAAGGAGAAGCUGCAGGAGUACGUGGGAGAGAUGAACACCCGGUACCCAGGGUUUGUAAAGAUGAUCCGUCACACCAAGCAGGAGGGCCUGAUCCGCUCCCGGGUCAGCGGCUGGAGGGCUGCCAGCGGCCCGGUCGUCGCUCUGUUCGACGCGCACGUGGAGUUCAACGUGGGAUGGGCUGAACCCAUUCUCCAGAGAAUAAAGGAAGACAGAACUCGAAUCAUCUCCCCUUCCUUUGAUAAUAUAAAAUAUGACACCUUUGAAAUUGAGGAGUACCCCCUGUCAGCACAGGGCUUUGACUGGGAACUGUGGUGUCGCUAUCUCAACCCCCCAAAAUCCUGGUGGAAUCUCGGAAACACUACUGCUCCAAUAAGGAGUCCUGCUCUAAUUGGGUGCUUUGUUGUCGACAGACAGUAUUUCGAAGAGAUUGGCUUACUUGAUGAAGGAAUGGAAGUAUAUGGUGGUGAGAAUGUGGAGCUUGGUGUUAGGGUGUGGCAGUGCGGGGGCAGUGUGGAGGUCCUUCCAUGCUCCAGGAUUGCUCACAUCGAGCGAGCACACAAACCAUACACUGAGGACCUGACCGCUCACGUCAGGAGGAACGCGCUGAGGGUGGCAGAAGUCUGGAUGGAUGAAUUCAAGAGCCACGUGUACAUGGCAUGGAACAUACCACAGGAGGACUCUGGGAUUGACAUCGGUGAUAUUUCAGAGAGGAAAGCCCUGCGGAAGAAACUGCAGUGCAAGACGUUCCGGUGGUACCUUGUCAACAUUUACUCUGAAAUGAGAAUGUACACAGAAACCAUCGCCUAUGGGGUGCUGAAGAAUUCACUCAAAACUGACUUAUGUCUUGAUCAAGGGCCAGACACUGAUAAUGUUCCAAUUCUGUACAUCUGUCAUGGGAUGACACCCCAGAACGUUUAUUACACCAGUACCCAGCAGUUCCAUGUAGGUGUCCUGAGCCCCACCAUCGAUGAUGAUGACAACAAAUGUCUGGUGGAUGUCAACAGCAGGCCCAGGCUGAUUGAGUGCAGCUAUGCCAAAGCAAAGAGGAUGAAGCUAUACUGGCUGUUUACUCAGGGAGGUUCAAUUCAGAACAGGAAAUCAAAAAGGUGCCUAGAGCUGAUGGAAACUAGUGACAACGAAUUUGGAUUCCAACUUGUGCUCCAGAGGUGCUCUGGUCAAAGAUGGACAAUCACUAACGUCUUAUCAGGAGCAACUCUGUGAUGGAAUCUUACCUCAUCUGAGCGAACGAUUGCCAACAUACAGCACUGGAAAGGGUUGAAAAGAGAGAGGGUACUCUCUGCUGUUUAUGCCUUUUAAACACAUUUUUAUUUUUGAGAAAACAAAGAAGAUGUUAAUCCUAUCAUGUCAAAACAAGAAAUUUACAGCAUCUUGAUGUCCUGCUUUUUUACUUAAUGACAUCAUGUGAUGAAUAUCAAGCUUUUUUUCAGGAUAAAUGUGUUUAUAAAUCAGAUAUUAAAAAGAACUCCCUAAUGCAUAUUUCAGAAUAUAUUGUGCAAAGAAUCCAUAAUUACAGUAUGUGUUGAAGUCCUUAUCUGAGGGUUAUACACUUCGCCCUAUUCUGUUCAUUCUUUACUUGAUACAUUUUUGCUACUGUGUAGCAAACAUUUACAUAUUUUCCUGCUGUAUUUUAUUUUUCUUCUAGUGUCUCAGGUUUGUAGAGUAAGUUUAUUUUGAAAUCAAGCUGUAUGGUUAUAAGGAAGUGCUAACAGGCUGGAUUAUGUCAGACUCAAGAUUUUUUCUAAAUGUAAAUAUGGGUAAAGUUCAAUCUAUUUAUAAUAUCUGAGAGUAAAAAAGAGGAGUGAAGCAGA